AUGGCCAAGAUGUUUUUCGUUCAGAUAAUUGCCAAUCUCGAGGGGUACAAGAGAGUAGACGUCGCAAGACCAUACGGAGACGCCACACUCCAAAAUGUCGACCUUCGUCUCAUCGUCCUCGAGAGACUCUACAACGUCACAUCGCCUCCGCCAAUGUUGGACCCGACCUGGGAGUCUCUCGAAUUUCGUACCAGACGUCUCAGCAGAAACCUCCCAUUGCCAAAUCCAUUGCCGAACCCAUCGCUUCGAUUCAAUCCUAACGAAGUUGAGAUUCAUGUCACACCCGAGGCCGUGCAAAAGCUUAUGGUUAGGCUUGAUCCUCAGUAUCUCAUCACUGCUCCCAAGAGCGAAGAUUUUAGCUUCGAUGCCAUCGCCCAGCACGUAUGCUAUAUCGCCGGUACUCAAAACUGGAACGUGCCUGGAACGAUCAAAGACUUGACGAGGCUUUAUGCAGUUGCUUCAGAGUUAUGUAUCAGGAUUGAGGACACACUACAGUCACACGGCCCACUCCAUCGGCCAAUGCACCCCAUGAGGCCAGGUUUCCCUGGAGGGCCGAUGCACCCACCUUCUCCGUGCUUUCGUCCUAAUCCAUCAGUCGGGACAUGCUGUUCCUGUCACCAUCAAAAGGGGAAACCUAAAGUAUUGCAAUCCCGUAGUCUCACCGCCCAGCUUUUCGGUGCCAAACCUAGCCGAAAGCGCAAUUCCAGCUCGCUGGGGUGGGGAUGGCUGGGCAGACUGUUUGGCAAAAAGAAGGUUGAUUACCAUAGCGACACGAGCUCCAGUGGCAGCGAGUCAGACACGUUGAACGAUGAGUGA